GUGAAGUGUAUAUAUACACAUUUUCAUUCAUUCAUAUAUAUAUAUCAUGAAAGUCGUUCACGCUGUUCAUGCUUAUUUAAGCCACGGCAUCCGGCGGGUUCGUCUCUCUCCUGGUGAGACCCUGGAUGCCGUCUGGGACUUUUCCCGUCGCUAUUUUUUCACCCUCGCUUUUCUUUCGUUAUUCAGUGCCAAAUUUCUUCAUCUUUAUGCUCAUAUAUAUUCCCUACCUCUUCCCCGUCUAUUUCUAUGGGGUCUUACCUUCUUUUUCCAAGAUGUGAUGAUUCUAUUGCUAUUUCGCAUUCUCGUCCAGAAGGUCGCGUGGCGACCGGGGGCCGCCCUACUGGCAAUCUUGGUUAUCCCGUCUAGUUUACUUGUCUCCUUCAUGGCUGCCGCCAAUACCUCCUUCUACGUUUUCACCGGUGCCGAGAUCCACUGGCGCCAAGCCAAAUCCUUCAAUGGUGAUGCCGCUGCCAUUCAUACCCUGCUCACCGGUUUGACCGGGUUUUUGAUUGUCGAGGGUAUCCUCCUAACAAUCUCAUUGUUCGCUGCUCAUUCCAUUCAUGCAAUCACGGGAGGAAUCCUGCAUGUCUGGGCCUGGCCCGUUCGAUGGUUGUUUGCUCGUGUGCGACCACACGUGGAGCCCCUGGUGCAGCGCUUCUGGCCGCGAUCCAAAUCCCCCGCCCCCGACCUGCCCGACCCUCGAAUCUACGAACAGAUCUCCAUGGAUGACAACGAUGAUUUCAGUGAUAACGAAGAAGGGGACCAUCUGUUGAAUACCGCACAACUACCCAACCGCCUCCCGGAGUCCAAGCGAGUUACCGAUGGUGUGCCCCAACGGGCGCUCAUCCUGGGAUUGUUCAGUCUCUUCCUCUUCCUCCGCUUUAUGCGACCGUGGGAACCGGUAUAUAUGUACAUGUCCACCACCUUGCCCUUGACUACAGUCGUUGAAGGCGCGGAGCGUCACUCCCCCGUCGAUACCACUGGCGCACCGGCCCGUUUCGAGUAUUUGGAUAGGGUCACUGCAUUAGGCCCCGCACCCCGUUGGAGCUGGAUGUCAAAGGAACCCAUCGCCGGUUUCGAGGACUGGGAUCAAGCUGACCCCCUGGCGCUUCACUACAACCCGCGAGAGGACCCAUUGCACAUCUCCAACCUCCACAAGCCCGUGCUGGAGGAGAUUCACAACGCAUUGGCUAGCGGCGAUGUGAAGAUCAAGCAUGUCGUUUUCUUGAAACUCGAAAGUGCACGUGCCGAUAUCUUCCCCCUGCAAAAGGACAGUUUUAUGUGGAAGCGCAUCGCGGAAACAUGGAAGAACAAGACGAUCCCCCCAGAGGUUGUGGACCGCCUUUCCAACCUCACCCGCACUGCCGAGUUUUUGACCAAUUUCCCUAAUGGAUUUGAGCACGACAAUGCCCGUUUCAACGGCCGCAAGGCGUAUGGUGGCAUCAGCGCCAAGGAUGCCAUCACCUCCUCCACAUAUACUCUCAAGAGUUUGACAGGAAGUUUCUGUGGUGUGACCCCCAUGGUCGCCGAUUUCAACCGCGAAUUCGAACACCACAUCUACCAGCCAUGUCUGCCCCAUGUCUUCGACAUGCUAAGCCAGCAACCGGAUAUCACUAGCGAGACCGACGACUUCACCAAGUGGCCGUGGCAUUCGACCUUCAUGAUGUCUGUCACCGAAAUGUACGACAACCAAAACAAACUGACUCCCCACUUGGGAUUCCGUGACAAACAGACCAAGGAGACGAUCAUCAAGCCCGAUGCCAAGCAUUAUCCAGUCACUAGUGCCGAGGUGAACUACUAUGGCUAUCCGGAAUCUGAGCUUCGGGAGUACAUCCGCGAUGCCAUCGAUGAUGCAGAACGUGACCACCACCGUCUCUUCCUCACCCACCUCACGAGUACCACUCACCAUCCGUGGGGAGUUCCGAAUGACGCCUAUGAAGAUAUUAUGGGCUCCAAAUCCGGUGCCAACAACGAUAUGAAUCGAUACCUGAACUCGGUUGGUUAUGUGGAUGAUUGGCUCUCGGAUCUCAUCGAUAUCCUGGAGGAGAAGGGAGUUGCCAAUGAGACCCUGUUCGUCAUGGCUGGAGAUCACGGCCUUUCCCUCCCUAACGACGGCGGUAUCACUCCCUAUGACAACCCCCACGUCGGCAGCUUCAAGGUCCCGAUCGUGAUUGCGCACCCUCUACUCCCUCCCGUCCAGAUCGACACCCCAGUCAUCAGCACCCAGAUCGUCCCCACCAUCGUCGACUUGUUGAUCGAGUCGGCAUCUCUCAGCAAGGACAGCACACGUUCCGCCCGCGAUAUUCGCUCGCUGUACGAAGGUCAAUCCCUGAUCCGACCGCAGGUCGUCGAGCAGGACGGACGCGAAGCCUGGCAUUUCACAGUCAUGAACACCGGUGGUUCAUGGCUAUCUGUUCGCUCCGCCGCCCGGCCCGAGUUCCGCCUGGUGAUCCCACUAGUCAACGACGUGGAAUGGCGCUUCUCCGAUGUGUCCAAGGACCCGAACGAGCUGAGCCCGAUCGAGCGCUUCAGCCUUAUCGACCUAGCGGCCGCGGUCAAUGAGGAGUAUGAUGAUGAAGAAGUUCUCAACUGGCUUUACCACGCAUCCUAUGUCACCAACUGGUGGGUACUGGAGAACUGGGACCGAUGGAGAUACUCCUCUCCAAAGGCCAAAGAACAGGCCAAAGAAGAGUCCGAAGAAGAGGCCAAAGAAGAGGCCAAAGAAGAGGCCAAAGAAGAGGCCAAAGAAGAGGCCAAAGAAGAGGCCAAAGAAGAGGCUAAAGAAGAGGCCAAAGAAGAGGCCAAAGAAGAGGCCAAAGAAGAGGCUAAAGAAGAGGCCAAAGAAGACAAAACCUAA